CUAAAGGAUUUUCCAUCAUGAAUACCUUGAAGAGUCCUAACAGUGGUUAGAAAAUACCAGCGUCUGCUCUCUGGCUGUCAUCCUCUAUUUUAAGACUUCCGGAACAGAUUGCUUAAACAAUGCACCUGUAUAAAAUUUUCAUAUUGCUUCUGAUAGUUGGAAUUGCUGCAUCUAAAAAGGUCAAUCGAAGAAAAGAAAAAAAGCAUCUACUCAAAGAAACGACUCCGGCUGAGAAGGAUCUUCUAGAUUUUUUGAACGAUGACGAAAUCGAUGAAGAAAAGAAAAAGAAAUCUUUAGAAAAUGAAAUAGAGCUGGACAAAUUCGACAACAAUGAAGGUGGAUACGUAGAAGAUCCAUGUGCCAAACACAAAUGCGGACCAGGAAAAGUGUGUGAAAUGGAUUCGGAUGGAAUAGCCCAGUGCAACUGCAUCAAGAAAUGCCCCGACGCAUCCGAUUUCAGAAGAAAAGUGUGCAGCAAUCACAAUGAAACAUGGGAUAGUGAUUGUGAAUUAUAUCAGAUGAGGUGUUUCUGUACAGAGGGAAUGGAUGGCUGCAAGUUCAACAAAUACAAACAUGUUCAUGUCGAUUAUUAUGGUCCUUGCAAAGAUAUUGGUAAAUGUACUGCUGAUGAAUUAGAAGACUUUCCAAGACGCAUGCGAGAUUGGCUUUUUAACGUCAUGCAAGAACUGGCUCGCAGAGAAGAAUUGCAUGGCACAACAUUAAAACUCGAACAAGAGGCUGAAAAAUCACACGACAGGAAGUGGGUCAAUGCUGUUAUCUGGAAGUUCUGUGAUCUAGACGUACAUCCUCAUGACAGGCAUGUUUCAAGACAUGAGCUUUUUCCAAUCCGAGCACCCCUCAUGGCCAUGGAACACUGUGUCGCUCCAUUCUUGGACAGUUGCGAUGUAAAUGAUGACCACAAAAUCUCUUUAUUUGAAUGGGGAAAUUGUCUUGGUCUUAAAGAAAAUGAAAUCAUAGACAAAUGUUCUAUAAUCCACCAAGAAUAAAUGAAGUGAAAAAAACAAUCAAAACCGCCAAGAUUUUGAGCUUAAUCUUUUCGUAUCAAAUUCAAAACUUAAGUGAUUACAUUUUAUUAACGUGUAAAAAUACAAUGCUUUGUGUAUUGAUAGAAAUUUAACACUUGUUUGUGAUACCUUUAUAUUAUUGCAUGCAAUCACUGCCACAUUACGAAUGACUGUUUGUGUAUGUAUUUUUCUUUUUAUUGUUUAAAAAUAAACAACUCUUUUCA